AUGCAUGCGGAUGAUGAUCCCAAGACAUUCGCGUGCUACUAUGACUACGGCUGUGUUUACCAUGUGUCAAACACCGCUUUCUCCGGCCUGGUAGGAUGUUGCUCAAGCAAUACCUGUGGGUUUGAGAGCGUGUGUUACAAUGCCGCCCAGGGCACUGCGACGCCCUCAUUGACUUUAGGCAGCACAGCCUCUUUCCUUUUCUGCACAGAUCCUAUACUACCAUCAUGUGCGACGUACACAUGGCCAGGUGCUGACCUGACCGAUUAUGUGUGUGAUACCUCAACCUUUGUGUCAAACGUAUACAUUGCGGGAGCAUGGGGAGAAGCUGAAGACGGGACAAUACUUCUGGCAACUCAGUUUAUAACUAUGGUAGAUAACGAUGUCAUGAGCAUGCACUCCUCUUCAUACGACGCAUCAACCUCUGUUCCAAAGCCAACCCAUCAAGCGACUCCCACGACCAUUACACAGCAAACCGCAUCUAGCUCUGGCAGUUCCGGCUCGUCGACCUCUGCUGGUACAAUUGCGGGUAGUGUUGUUGGGGGUGUUGCAGGUGCCGGUAUGAUCGGAGCUGAUGUUAUCUUCCUACUUUGGAAGAGGAGGAAGUCACACCAGCAAGAUGGAUUGAAUGAACAAGGGAAUAUCCAAUACGAGUCUUCCGAUCACGUUGGGAAGGGAAUGCAACAACCUGUAGAAGUUGAGGCAAAUGACCCUGUCCACAAGAAUGCAGAGGCCCCGCGAAGCAUCCCUCACAAUGUGUCGCAGGAAGCUGGUCCCAAUGCCUUCAUUGCCGAGCUACCGGUACCGGAUGAUGGAAAGCACUAUUGA